UUGUGUAGCACUAGCUUAUUCGUUUGUGACUUUCGACGUUUUUAUUGAUGAUUUCUGAAAUUCUGGACGCGAUUAAGGCAUUAAAAUGCCAUACUGCGUGGCUGUAAACUACUUAUAUAUGCAUAUACACUGCGUACGCUGAGCUGUUGCUAAGUUGUGCUACACAAAAUGGCGGCGUGUGUUGUGUCCGGACGUCUUUCUAGUUCUGUGAAUGGACACUGAGUAUCACGUGACUUUUCGAAUGUCCGGCGCGUUGCCGCAUGAUGACAGAAAAAAUGGUGAAAAAGAAGCUAAUUAUUAACUCAAGUAGUCAGUGUUUGUGUGUGUUUGUGUGUGUGAGAUAAUUUGACAACCUAACAGAAGUUCAACAAGGAGGAGGCGGAUGAUGAUGAUGGCGGCGAACGGACACAUAUUGUACAGGUACUCUGCUGUGAGUCUGCGCCAAGUGGCCAGGAGGUUUUCCCAGAGCGCCGACAAAAGCUGGUUCCGUUCCCUGUUUGUGCACAAAGUGGAGGCCAGGCAAGACGCCCACUCCAACCUGCUGUCAAAGAAGGAGACCAGCAACUUGUACAAAAUCCAAUUUCACAACGUGAAACCAGAGUGCCUAGAAGCCUACAACAGUCUGGAGGCCGAGGUGCAAACGAGGCUCCAUCAGGAUCAGGACUUUCCAUGUGAGGUUGUAGGGAGCUGGAACACCUGGUAUGGAGAGCAGGACCAAGCGGUGCACCUGUGGCGCUACAGAGGGGGCUACCCUGCCCUGACGGAAUGCCUCAACAAGCUCAAAGUUAACAAGGAAUAUUUGGAAUUUCGUAAAGAGAGGGCCAAAAUGCUGAAUUCCAGGCGGAAUCAGCUGCUCUUGGAGUUCAGCUUCUGGAAUGAACCUCUUCCCAGACCGGGACCAAACAUCUACGAAAUGCGGACGUACUACCUCAAGCCUGGGACCAUGAUCGAAUGGGGCAAUCACUGGGCGAGGGCGAUCAGGUACCGGCAGGAGAACAACGAGGCAGUGGGCGGCUUCUUCUCGCAGAUGGGUGACUUGUACGUGGUCCAUCACUUAUGGGCAUAUGAGAACCUCCAGUCUCGAGAGGAAACCAGGAACUCGGCCUGGCUCAAGGAGGGAUGGGAUGCCAACGUGUACUACACUGUGCCACUCAUCAGGAGCAUGGAGUCCAGGGUGAUGAUUCCCACCUCCAGUUCCCCGUUGCAGUGAAGACUGAAACUGCUGCCUCAGCAAGCUCCUACCUCCGCGUCGCCAAUAACGGAUUCUACGCUCGUUGGCCACAGCAUUAGGUACACCUGGACAAGAGCUUUAAAUGUUGUCUUCAUUGGCACGUCAUUCUAAUAUUGUGACCCUCUGUGUCAGUCCAACGUGAACCUUAUUAUCUCCAUUUUUGGACUGGGUGUCAUUUAGAUUGUGUACCUAAUGAAGUGGCCGGGUGAGCUUUUAUUUGCACAGCGAUGUCAAACACUAGAAACUAACAUGACAUGUUUUUUUUUUUAAAUGUCUUUUGUAAUGAUGGGACAGUCUCCAUGCUUCACUUUUUCAACUGAAGGGAUGUGAAGUGUCUGCCAUAAUAAAAGCUGAGAGAAUC